UUAUAUAACUCUCGAUUUGAAUGCUAAUCAGAAGCACAAUCUGGAGUAUGUUACGGAAAACUUGGCGACAACUUGCCAUCUCCCGGUGAAGUUGUGGCACUCUACAAUCAACACAACAUUGGCAGGAUGAGAAUUUAUGGUUCUGAUGAAGAAGUUUUUAAAGCUUUGAGAGGUUCCACUAUUCAGCUACUGUUAGACAUCCCAAAGGAUAAGCUCCAAAAUCUAGCAGCUAGCCAAGACAAUGCAAACAAAUGGGUGCAAGACAACAUUAAAAACUACGCCAAUGUGAGAUUCAGAUACAUUGCAGUGGGAAACGAAGUGAAGCAUGAUGAAUCAUAUGCAAAGUUUGUGGUGCCUGCAAUGCAAAACAUUCAAAACGCCAUUUCUGCAGCAGGCCUUGGAAGCCAAAUAAAAGUUUCCACUGCCAUUGACACUGGUGCCUUAGCAGAAUCAUUCCCUCCAUCAAAAGGCUCCUUCAAGGCUACUUAUAGAGAAAAAUUUGUUGAUGGUGUUAUUAGAUUUCUAGUGAACAAUAACUCACCAUUGUUGGUUAAUGUUUACACUUAUUUCAGUUACAUUAACAACCCUACUGAUAUCAGUCUUGAUUAUGCUCUUUUCACCUCUCCUUCGGUGGUGGUGAAUGAUGGUUCACUUGGUUAUAGAAACCUUUUUGAUGCUACGUUGGAUGCUGUUUAUUCUGCAUUGGAGAAAGCAGGGGGAAGCUCGGUGAACAUAGUUGUGUCUGAGAGUGGAUGGCCUUCUUCUAAUGGGACUGCAGCUACACUUGUCAAUGCAAGAACUCAUAACACAAACCUGCUUCAGCAUGUUAAGAAUGGAACCCCAAAGAGGCCUGGUAAACCUAUUGAAACAUAUGUGUUUGCCAUGUUUGAUGAAAAUCAGAAGCACCCACCGUUUGAGAAAUUUUGGGGGCUCUUCAAUCCAACCACUAAACAGCUCAAAUACCCUAUUAAUUUCAAUUAGUUAAUGGAAGCAAAGUUUAUAAUAAGGAAUAAGGGCUAUGAUCCACAAUUGUCCUAGAAGAGGCAGGUUUAUGUAUGGAGCUUUAUCUUUGUUACAAUCUUAGUACCAUUUACUAGCUUUCAAUAAAAGUUUUCCUUGUUGAUUGUCAUAUAAUUAUAUUACAACUUCUUUUAUCUUAUA